GGAGCCCCGCGGGGCCCCAGGUGAGAGCGGCGGGACCCCGGCCCCGCUCCCGGCCCCGCUCCCGGCCCGCAGCUCCCGCACCCAUGUCCCGGCCCGGCAGCCCCCGGCAGAGCCGCCCGGAGCAGCCCCGAGCCGAGCCCGCCCCGCCGCCAGAGGUGCCCGAGCCUUCGCUCCCCGUCCCGAGGCAGAUCCCGGCGGAUCCCCGGUGCCCCACGGUGCCGAAGAAGGACAAAGCCCUGGAAGGGGACAAAUCCCCGGUGACAGUGCUGCCCAAAGGCCCCCGGGCCGAGGCUGUGACAUGCCAGCCCCAGGUGCGACCACCCCCGCAGCCCCCCGGGCCCUGCACGCAGCUGCUGCCCAACGGCGAGGCGGGCAACGGGAGCUGCCGGGCCGCGCCCGGCGCGCAGAAACCGCCGCGGAAGCUGCAGCCGCACCACUCCAUCAACAGCCAGAGCAGCAAGAAGAGCAAGGGCAGCUCCAAGUCGCCCUCUUCCCACAUCCCCAUUGAGGCGCAGGAAGACUGCUGCGUCCACUGCAUCCUCUCCUGCCUCUUCUGCGAGUUCCUGACCCUCUGCAACAUCGUGCUGGACUGCGCCACCUGCGGCUCCUGCACCUCCGAGGACUCCUGCAUCUGCUGCUGCUGCUGCAACUCGGGCGAGUGCGCGGACUGCGACCUGCCCUGCGACAUGGACUGCGGCAUCAUCGACGCCUGCUGCGAGUCCGCCGACUGCCUGGAGAUCUGCAUGGAGUGCUGCGGGCUCUGCUUCUCCUCCUGAGGGGCUCUGCUGGGGGGGGACCCGCACGGGACCCCCCGGACUGUCCCCCAGAGGGCGAGGAGCUGGCCGGUCCCGGAGGAGGAGGAGGAGGAGGAAGAGAGAGAAUCCCCCGCUGGAAUCCUCGUCCUUGGAGCCGUGUCCUGCCCGGGGAAGGGUGACCCCAGAGGACUGCGGGGGCUCUGGGGGUGUCCUGGCCUGCUCUACCUCUGCCAGCACUGGGGGGCACCGCGGGAGCCUCCUGCCACCUGAGCCGAGAGCAGGAGAGCUUGUCACACAGAGCCAGCCCAGAACUGGGGACAGCCUGUCACACAGAGCCACCCCAGCCUUGGGGACAGCUGUCAUACAGAAACACCCCAGCACUGGGGACAGCCCAUCCUGCAGAGCCACCCCAGCCUUAGGGACAGCUGUCACACAGAGCCAGCCCAGCACUGGGGACACCCAGUCCCACAGAGCCACCCCAGCUCCUGGCGUUGGGGACAGCCCGUCCUGCUGCCACCACCCCAGGACACUCCAGGGGUUACAGGGGUGGCACGGAGCAGGGACAUCACCCAGGCUGGGUGACCCGUGGGCACUGGGACACGCUGGAACCCCCACCCCUCUGCGUGGUCCCCAGCUGGGGGACACGUCCUGCCAGGCCCCUGCCCCCAGUGCCCAAGUGCAAUACCCACAGAAGCUUUUCCUGCAGCUGUGCCAAGCUCUGUGUGUCCCCCGUGUGUCCCCCGUGUGUCCCCCGUGUGUCCAGGCAUGGUGGGGCAGGAUGGCGUGGCUUGGUUGGUGCCAAAUGACCCCCAGCAGUUGCUGGCCCCAUCCUGGUGACAGAGGUGGGGGUGGCAGACACCCCUCAGACGGUCUGGGGGGACGGGAGGGGAAGUGUCACAGUAUUUUAUAUUUUUUUGUUCCUUUUUACUGUAAAUAAAGGUCUUUCUUCAUUUCUGA